CGGAUUGGGGGCCGCCGCAGCAGGUCUCAGUCCCUCCCUGCUGCCCCGCGAGGAAUGGGGAGCGGCAAGGCCUAGGCGUCCGGAGUGGAGGAUGAGCCGGGGACGCCUGCGGGUCCGGAGCUGCACUGCGUCCGCGCCGCGCGCCUCCCGCGCUCUCCCUUUGGCAGCAGCCGGACGCCCGGCGCGUGCAGGACCUGGGACCGCGGCGCUCGCGCGGGGACGCGGGAGCCCAGGGUCGGCGCUGCAGGCAGCGGGGCGGCGCCAGCAAGGCCAGCUCCCCGGGGACCCUGGGGCAGCCUCGCGCCCUGCCCGCCUCCCUGGACUGAGACGCCGCGGGGCCUGGGCAGCGCUUUGGCGGCAGCUGGUGCUGGAACACAGCCGGGGCUGAGCUGCUCCCGGGUUCCCUGCCCCUUCCAGGUGACCCCAGGAGUAGCAGCCCCGGGCCGGGGGGCAAGUUCCAGCCACCCUUCCGGGUCAAGAAGCAACGACUCCUGGUUAGGGGGAAACUUAGAUUUUUCUUUUGCAUGGAACUGCUGCUGUGCAAGAUUUGCCAAGGCUUAUAGGGUUUCAUGUUUUACUUGACUGGUGUUUGAGAAAAACUGCAAGGAAAGGGUGGCGAAAGGAAGAAGCACUAUAAACUUUGGGGGCGGGGACAUUUUCUUGGAAGUGACAAGUAGCCUCAGAUCUGCAGUUCCUGGGCCAGCGACGGCAUCCUUUGCUCUGACACUCCAAGGGUCUGGACGCUGCCACAUGACCAACACCAAAGACCCCAAAAGAGCCAUGGAAUCCACGCUGGCGACAUCCAGUUCUGCCACAGGCCCCGUCACCUUCUCCCACGUCUUUGGUCAGCAGUGCCAACUUAUGCAAGCAGCUGUGCAAUCAUUGCACACCCUCAAUGACCAGAUUUCCCAUUUUAUUGUCACCAAGUCGAAGGCACUGGAGGAGGACAAAGACCCUUUUCUACCCACUGAGAAGGAGACUCUGAAGAGUUCCAUGAUAUUGAUGAGGCACCUCUUAAUGGAUGCUCAGGCCAAAAUCCUGAGCAUGAUGGAAGACAAUAAGCAGCUCGCGCUCCGCAUCGAUGGGGCGGUCCAGUCGGCCAGCCAGGAGGUGACCAACCUGCGAGCCGAACUCACGGCCACCAACCGGAGACUGGCGGAACUGAGCGCCGGCGGCGGCCCCGGCCCGGGCCCGGGAGCCGCGGCCAGCGCCUCGGCGGCGGGGGACUCGGCGGCGACGAACAUGGAGAACCCCCAGCUGGGAGCGCAAGUGCUCCUGCGGGAAGAAGUGUCGCGGCUCCAGGAGGAAGUUCACCUUCUCCGGCAGAUGAAGGAGAUGUUGGCGAAGGACCUGGAGGAGUCGCAGGGCGGCAAGUCCUCUGAGGUCCUCUCGGCCACCGAGCUCAGGGUCCAGCUGGCCCAGAAGGAGCAGGAGCUAGCCAGAGCCAAAGAAGCCUUGCAGGCCAUGAAAGCUGACCGGAAGCGCUUAAAGAGCGAGAAGACAGACCUGGUGAGCCAGAUGCAGCAGCUGUAUGCCACACUGGAGAGCCGCGAGGAGCAGCUCCGAGACUUCAUCCGCAACUAUGAGCAGCACCGCAAGGAGAGCGAGGACGCGGUCAAAGCGCUGGCCAAGGAGAAGGACCUGCUGGAGCGUGAGAAGUGGGAGCUGCGGCGCCAAGCCAAGGAGGCCACAGACCACGCCACGGCACUGCGCUCCCAGCUGGACCUCAAGGACAACCGGAUGAAGGAGCUGGAGGCCGAGCUGGCCAUGGCCAAACAGUCCUUAGCUACGCUGACCAAGGACGUCCCUAAGCGGCAUUCCCUCGCCAUGCCGGGCGAGACGGUGCUCAACGGCAACCAGGAGUGGGUGGUGCAGGCGGACCUCCCGCUGACCGCAGCCAUCCGGCAGAGUCAACAGACUCUCUACCACUCACACCCCCCUCACCCUGCGGACCGGCAAGCGGUCAGGGUGAGCCCCUGCCACUCCCGGCAGCCCUCUGUCAUCUCCGACGCAUCUGCCGCUGAAGGCGACCGGUCGUCCACACCGAGCGACAUCAACUCCCCUCGACACCGGACACACUCCCUCUGCAACGGCGACAGUCCCGGCCCAGUUCAGAAGAACCUGCACAACCCUAUUGUACAGUCACUAGAGGAUCUUGAAGACCAAAAACGGAAAAAGAAGAAAGAGAAGAUGGGAUUCGGCUCCAUCUCCCGCGUCUUCGCCAGAGGGAAGCAGCGGAAGUCCCUCGACCCCGGCCUCUUUGAUGACUCGGACAGCCAGUGCAGCCCCACGCGGCAGAGCCUCAGCCUGUCGGAAGGCGAGGAGCAGAUGGACCGGCUGCAGCAGGUGGAGCUGGUGAGGACCACCCCUAUGUCCCACUGGAAGGCAGGCACCGUCCAGGCCUGGCUGGAGGUGGUGAUGGCCAUGCCCAUGUACGUCAAGGCCUGCACGGAGAACGUGAAGAGCGGGAAGGUGCUGCUGAGCCUGAGUGACGAGGACCUGCAGCUGGGCCUGGGGGUGUGCAGCUCCCUGCACCGGCGCAAGCUGCGCCUGGCCAUCGAGGACUACCGUGACGCCGAGGCAGGCCGCAGCCUGUCCAAAGCUGCCGAGCUGGACCAUCACUGGGUGGCCAAGGCCUGGCUGAAUGACAUUGGCCUGUCCCAGUACUCCCAGGCCUUUCAGAACCACCUGGUUGAUGGGCGGAUGCUGAAUUCCCUGAUGAAGCGAGACCUGGAGAAGCACCUGAAUGUGUCCAAGAAGUUCCACCAGGUCAGCAUCCUGCUGGGGAUCGAGCUGCUGUACCAAGUGAACUUCAGCAGGGAGGCCCUCCAGGAGCGCCGGGCCCGCUGCGAGACGCAGAACAUUGACCCUGUGGUGUGGACCAACCAGCGGGUGCUCAAGUGGGUUCGAGACAUCGACCUGAAGGAGUAUGCAGACAACCUGACCAACAGCGGCGUCCAUGGUGCUGUGCUGGUGCUGGAGCCCACAUUCAAUGCCGAGGCCAUGGCCACUGCCCUGGGCAUCCCCAGUGGGAAACACAUCCUCCGGAGACACCUGGCAGAGGAGAUGAGCGCCGUCUUCCACCCAGCCAACUCCGCAGGCAUCCGGGAGGCUGAGCGUUUUGGAACACCCCCUGGCAGGGCCUCCAGCGUCACGCGGGCAGGAAAGGAGGAGAAUAGCAGCGGUCUCAAGUACAAGGCUGGCCGGCUGCCCCUGGGGAAGAUAGGAAGGGGCUUCAGCAGCAAAGAUCCCGAUUUCCAUGAUGACUACGGCUCUCUUCAAAACGAAGAUUGCGGAGACGAUGACCCACAGAGCAGGCUGGAACAGUGCCGUCUGGAAGGCUACAACAGCCUGGAGGUCACCAACGUGUAAGGAACCGGUGGCUCCACCAGACCCAACGUGAGAGACCCAGGAAGGCAGAGAAGUCAGAUGGCCCCAGGUGUCGUUCUCACUGUACAUAGCAGCUGCAGGCUGAGGAUGUCCCCUGCUCCUGGGCAAAAUCCCGACGGACUCUGCAGUUUCAGCUCCACAGCGCCCAGGAGAGAGAAGACACCAGCCCACCUGUCUUGGGUGGGCCAUGGACUUUCCUGUUCAGCUGGAGAUUGGCCCAGAGGACCUGUCACAAUGUCCGGCCCUGCCUCCAUCCAGGAUACGCAGGCUCCACCUCAGAGUGACCGUCACUGUGGAGCAGCCAAGCAGUCCCUGGAGCCUUACCCUGAGCUGCCAAUGUGGGAAGAGGCCCACGGUUUCCCAAAACACCCUUCCGGUGGGAGCAGGGGGGGACCCCAACCCCACACCCCAGCGCCCAGUGCACUGGCAGAGCCGAGUACAGGAAGUGCUGCCUCUUGCCCAGACAUCGGACAGGGCGGGGGUUGGGGGACUCUCGGCUGCAGCAUCCUUACCCUUGACUAAGAACUUGGGUCCUGACUUGGCUCACUGAAUCUCUCUUGGGAGAAUGCAAAAUCCUUCCACCUGAAAAGCUCUGUGAUACAUGGGGGUGGACAUAUUGAAGAGCUGUUUGCCGAUCCACCCAGGAGUGGCUACGCUGAGUGGGGAGCCGGUGAAUGAUCCGUGCAGGAGUGGGGCUUCGCAGCCACAUUUCUAGGAGAUGCAGAUGUCCUAUCACCAGAAUGAAAGCUAUUGGGACAACAGGAUCGGGGAUGACCGAUGGCCCCAUAUGGUGAAUCUCUGGCCUGUGGUUUGGCUUUACUGAGAUUCCAAACCCCACUAUCUGCACUCAGUGACAAUGGUAUGGAGUGUGGCGAUGAGUUUGGGGUCUGGGGCAGGGAAAUGCUUGACAUUGUUAACUCAACAAACCUUUGUUGUGAUGUCCCUGUCACCUGAAACGUAGGUGACAUAGCUCACCAAUGUCCUAACCAAGACACAAACCCCACAGAGCAAAAUCAUUUGGUAUUGGUGGGGAGAACCCCAGCCCUUUUCUUGACCUGCCACUGUUAUGCUGUGUGGCUUCUUCCCAGUGGCCUCACCUCUCUGUGCCUCAAUGUUUUCAUCUAUGAUACUUCUGGUUCCCUCCCAGGGACAUCGUGAGGAUUAACACUUGCUAAUAUCUGUAACACACUUUGUAACCUCUCAGGAGACAAUGGGAAGUUAUGGGGUAGCUAAUUUCCCAUUUACAACACAGAAAUGACAUGGAGCUAGUUCGCUCCAACUCUUUUGGUUGGAGCAGUGUGUAAAAGGAAGAAAAGAAAUGUUUAAUGUUCAGACCCGCCAAGAGCCUCCAACAGGGCUCAAGAAACAUAUAAAUCCCAUGAGCACAGCCUCGAAAACCAGUUUGACUCAAGGCUUUGGGCCUCAGUUCAUUGACCAGAUGACAGCGACGUGAGGAUUAGGGAAGGAUGGAUGCAUUGCGAUUCUGCUUACACAUCGGGUCAACAAAGUGAGUCACUUGUUGGAACCAUGAUGCUCGACCUCCUUCAAGGCUGUUUGCACUGGGGCUUGAGUUUCCAAGAUUCACAACAGGUGUCAGCCUCUGAGAACCCUCAAAGCGUGUGUUCUUCAACCUGGCAAAUUGUUUCUUCUCAUGGGGGAAGCCAAGCUCUGACGAACUUGAGAAUUACACCUCUCUCAUGCCGAAGACCGUGGUGUUCCCCCUAAUGACAUAAACACAGCCUUUCUUGCUGUCUGAGACCAAAUGUCUAGUUGGUAGACAGGUGGAUGUUUGGCCUCCUAAGGGCACACUUCUGAUCCUGGGCCCCAGGUGGUGAAUCUCUGGCAUGGGGCUUGGCUUUGUUGAGAUUCCAAAUUCCAUUAUCUUCAUGACAUUCAGCCUCAUCCAUAGGGUCCUGAAGCUGCAGUCCACAGCUCAGAAAGGAGAGGUGAGACCGCCCUCCAACCUGGUGCCACAGGUCUCUCCCAAACCACAUCCAGCCUGGAUGAACUGGGACCCCAGAAACUGCCUUUUGGGAGGCAGCAACGGCAACGUGCCCAGGCAGGCAGUUAUUCCCACAGAGUGAGCCAGAAUUUUAGCAGGGCACUUGAAUGCAGAGCUGAUGAUUUGAAACCAACAUUCACCCAAGUUGUCAGAAAUGGCACUUACAUGGUUCGAUCUUGCUGGAGACAAGUGGACAAUUGGGGGUCACUGGCAGAGAUGGUAUUGCCCAAAACGUUCACAGCAGGAGGCCAGCAGGCCCGGGGCAACAUGGGCAACCGCAAAUGUCUCUUUUGGUUUAAAAUAUGCCAUCACAUCCCUCUUUCACCCAUGAGGCUCCCCAUCCCUGACAGCCAGGUGAGCAUUUGGAGCUGGUUUCUCAACAUGAGGACGGGUUGGUUGUUAAAUUAACAACCUCCACAGUGUCGGAUGGGGUGAGCUUUGUCUGCUGGAAAAACCCGAAACGUCAACUCUGCUUUAAGGUGGGCAGUAAGAACAGAAGGCGGAGACUUGGCAGAGAAACUCGAGCUGAUUGUCACAGGCUACAGAGGGGCCAGCUCCAGAACAGUGACCCGCUACAUCCUGUCCAAGCAGCCUGAGUGUGGUCUUGGUCCCUGCAGGGCGAUGUGGGCAUCUGGACCUGGGGACGAUGUGGAUGUGCUUCUUGGAAAGCUGUUGUAGCUUGUGCCUGUGGGUGCAGAAGGCACCUGCCCGGUAGACUCUCAGCUUUCUGACCCCCAGGAGCCUCUGCAAGGCCCCUUUGUCCUUGGCUGAGCAGGACCUUUCUUUUGGAAAUCUGUCUGUCUGUCAGCAUCACUGUUUUCAGACCCCAGGCUGCAGAGGAGGGGAGAAGACACACAACAAUCUGGACCCAAUAAAGUGGAGAGAAGGGCGUCUCUACACAGCCCGACCAGUGUGGAGGGCCCCAGGACAGGGACCCAAAAGCUUGACAUCACUGAACAGGGCUGGGUACGGGCAGAACAGGAAGAUUUGGCCAGAGGUGACCUCAGCGUUCCCUCCAGGAGCACCCAGGUCCCUCUGACCCUGGGAGAAGAAGGCCCACGCUCAGGUCCACCCUCCCCCUUCCCAUCAGAGCCCAUGCGUCCUGGGCACCACCACUUCCACUCUGCUUUCCAAGGCUCCAGAGGGCUCUUCCUGCUGUGAAAGGAGAGGAGAAGAAACCCUGUGGGCAAUGGCAACCUCUGAGUCUGGCAUUCUUGCCGAUGGCUGGCCAGCGAGGAGAGUCUCCCGAGCCCUGACAAACAAAGGCAUUUUGUGGCUGCAGAGGAAAUGGGUUGGCUCUGAACAAAGAUGCAGUUUCUAGGGCCGUGACCCCAAAUCACUUCCCCGAGAGUGAAUUUUAACACUGUAACAAUAAAUACUACUGCACAG